AUGGCAUCCACUUCAAUGCGUACCCCUUCAAACCCUAUCACCAAAGGCGUCUUUUGCUAUAAUACUCGGAAGCACUUGCUUGCUCGUUUGAUAUCCAACUCGAGCUUUUUUGGCCGAAAACUUGUUGAUAAUUCUCUAUCAUAUUCAACUUCAACCUCCGGCAAGAAAACCCUCAGAAAUCGAUCCGAACUCGUUCGUGUCUCCGGUUUGAACGCUACAAGUGAGUCUCACUCAUUCGAUGUGGUCAUUGUCGGUGCCGGCGUCAUCGGGUUGACUAUCGCCCGACAAUUCCUUAUCGGAUCGAAUCUCUCCGUCGCCGUGGUCGACGCCGCUGUGCCUUGUUCCGGCGCUACUGGUGCAGGACAGGGCUACAUAUGGAUGAUCCACAAGACCCCUGGGAGUGACAAAUGGGAGCUAGCAAUGAGAAGCCGUAAACUGUGGGAGAUGUUUGCAGAAAGUAUACAACACCAAGGCAUGAAUCCUGUAGAGAUACUCGGUUGGAAGAAGACUGGGAGCUUGUUAGUUGGUAGAACUGCUGAUGACACAGUGAAGUUGAGUAGAACUGUGGAGAAGCUAUCAGAAGCAGGGCUGGGAGCAAAGUUCUUGUCUAGCAAUGAUUUGCUGGUAGAGGAACCUGCUCUUAUGGUUGGGAAGGAAGGUGGGGCGGCCUUUCUACCAGAUGACUUCCAAUUGAAUGCUCGACUUAUGGUUGCAUGCAUUGAGAAGGCUAACAGACAAUUUACUUCAGAAGGGAGAUAUGCAGAGUUCUAUUACGAGCCAGCAAUUAGUUUAUUAAGAUCUGGAAGCACUGGUGAGGUUGAAGGUGUUCAGACUUUGAAUUAUAUCUUGAAUGCUAAGAAGGCAGUUGUAAUUGCAGCUGGUUGUUGGAGUGGGUCCUUGAUGCAAGAUCUUAUGAGGGAUUCAAAUACUGAUUUGGCUGUCCCUGUUAAGCCUCGAAAGGGUCACCUGCUUGUGAUAGAGAAUUUUAAGUGCUUUAAACUCAAUCAUGGUCUGAUGGAGGUGGGUUAUAUUGAUCAUGAAGCUGCAACUCUGCAACCCUCUGCUUCUGAUUCAGGACCUAUCUAUCAUGCACAAACUCCGUCAAUUUCCAUGGCAGCCACCAUGGACACAUCAGGAAACCUUGUUCUUGGUAUCUUAUCUGUCCAUAAAAUCGUUUUCUUUUUCUUCUUUUUCCCUCUCCCUGGUUCCCUCCUAGAGCUCUGUUUUUCUUUUAACGCUUCUUCCCUCUGUCUCUCUCUCUCUCUCUCUUUCUUUUAGCACUCUCCUUCAUUUACUGUACUAUGCAUUAGAAUCACUCUUUUUCAUUAUCAUACAAACAAUAGACUAUGAACUUAAUUGCUGUGAUUUUUUACAUUUGUAUUUCAACAAAGUGCCUUUGGAGAUAUAAAAGGUAGCUUUUUUUUUUACUGAUAAGAAACUAUUUUGGGGAAUAUUGAGCUCCAUGCGUUAGAAAAGAGAUUGGAAGCCGGCUUUCUGAGGUGUUCCAGCAAAAGGAUUCUUGAGGUUCAACAGUGAUUUUUAAUUGAUAGCAGUUGAUGAGUUAAAUACCUGACCAUUCUUUACAGUUUCUUUCCCUAAACCUUGUUCUAUAGUGGUUCGGCAUACUACAUCCAUAAUCUUAAUUGAAAUGGAACAGUUUAUGAUAUUUUAUUGUUUUGUGUUCUUAUAUCUUUUUCUGUAAUGGCAAAAUUCCUAUUUGAAAUAGGUCCAACUGAUCACAUUCUUGUGGAUUUUUCCGAUUUUAUUACUCAUUUUCAAGAUAGGUCCUGUUGAUCACUUGCUUGAAUAUUUUCAGUUUGACAUCUGUUUUUCCAGGGAGCAGCCGUCAGCUUGCUGGGUUCGGCACAGAAGUAGAGGAGUCUAUCCUUAACAGCAUAUGGGAGCGGGCUGGGGAGUUCUUUCCUGCUUUAAAAGAAAUAUCUCUUAGAGAUUACAGCAAAAGCAGAGAAGUGAGAGUAGGGUUGAGACCAUACAUGCCUGAUGGGAAGCCGGUGAUUGGGCCAGUUCCUGGGUUGUCCAAUCUGUUUCUUGCCACAGGACAUGAAGGAGAAGGACUAACAUUGGCUUUGGGAACUGCUGAAAUGGUUGCUGAUAUGGUGUUGGGAAAUCCUUUGAAAGUUGAUCAUGUCCCCUUUGCCGUGCAAGGUCGGUGCUGCUAACAGCAUGUAAGCUAGAGGAAUUUGAACAUAUAUAGUGGCAUGUUUGGUAGCUACUUUAUGGCCUACAGAAACAUUGUAAUAAUAUCCAGAGUGAUCUCACACAGUACCUAGCUAACUCUAUCUUGGGCUUAUGUUUUUGUAAAUUUUUGUUGUUUGAACUGAAGAUUUUGUUGUUACUGCUAAGUUCUCCCUCAUCAACAAUUGUCAUCUUCUCUGCAAUCCAAUGCCAAAGUUAUUAGCUAACUAGGUCUAAUAAUUUAGUUUUUAGAGUUGUAACUUGAUGUGAUUGGAUUGUAACUUUAGAUAACUUGUUGGUAGUGUAGAAAAAAUCCGAU